AUGAAAUCUGUACUAAUUGGAAACGGUUCCCUUCUCCUGGUGGUCGUUGAUACGCUCAUCGGCCUUGGUGCUGCCGCACCGUCGCCAUUGAGGACAAUCCAGCAGCGUGAUACAUCGAAUUGGACUUGGGAGGAGAAAUAUGAGCAUGAGAACCCUGGAGCCAUCGUCGGGCCGCUCGUAGGGGUACGAAAUCUUGAUCUUGACAUUUCCCUCCUCAAUUGGGAUGGUAGAUUUCCAAUCCCAAAAGAAACACCUCCUGAUCAGGUGCACAAGAUGAAAUUAGACUGCCGUGGCAGUUGUAAGAAAUGGGACGGAACGAGAAUGGUAGACAUGAGCAAUCCGGUGCCCGCGCAUUCAUGCGUUCGCGACUCACUUGCGGCUCUCGCGUAUUGGCGUAUGUUCUGCGACGUUAACCAUAAACACGAAAGACCAGAGUGUUGGACUCGCGCGCCGUCCAUCAAGCGGUGCUGUGGUGCAUGGUAUGAACAAGGGAAAUCCCCCUACGCACCCCUGAUGAAGAAGCACAAAGAGGUCAUAGGAGGCUUGGAGUAUUGGGUGUUUACACCAGUCAGAGAGCAUCGGAAGAACAUGGAUAUGGAGCAGGUGAUUCGUCCAGAUUGGGACCAGUACAAUACCAAGGACAAGAUUUGCAGGAAGUGGAGACCGGGGAAUGAUGCAGAAUUCUCCUACUUCAUCAACAACCUGCCCGCUUGGAAUCUCUUCGACGCCGAUACUAAUGGAACGGUCUUGGGCUUGAGCUACGACUGGUAUGAUCCGGAAGGACCGGGCCGCUUCCAACUGAACUCGGAGUUGUAG